UCGUAAGUCAUCAUUCCAUUGCCCUAGUCCAGGCCAAUUUCCCCUCCCGCCAAGCUCUCAGGAUUUAAGCCAGGUUUAUAUUUAAGACUGCAUUUCUAUACCCUUCUCCAUUAUCCGCUUGCUCCAGCCAAUUCUUCCACACCUUUCUCCUUCCCUCCGUCUUCCCAGAAAACCCUAGAAAAAAUCGAACGGUCAAGAUGAGCUACGCUGCAUUCAAGAUGAUGCACUGGCCCACCGGCAUUGAGAACUGCGCUUCUGGAUACAUCACCCAUUCCGCUGCGGAUUUCCCUACUCAGAUCCCUCCCAGCCAAUCCGACGAUCUCGAACCCGAAUGGCCCGCCAAGCGACCGAUCGGCCCCGUCCCGAACCUCAUCAUCACUGCUGGGAACGUGCUCGAGGUCUAUCUCGUCAGGGUCCAGGAAGAAGACGGCGGAACUUCUCGGCCUCCUGGCGAAGUCCGUCGCGGUGGCAUCAUGGCUGGCGUCUCUGGCGCCUGUCUCGAACUCGUUUGCCAUUACAGGUUGCAUGGUAAUGUUGAAACAAUGGCAAUAUUAUCGCUUGGAGGUGACAAUGGUUGUAAAAGAAGAGAUUCAGUAGUCUUAGCCUUUCAAGAUGCAAAAAUUUCAGUGCUAGAAUAUGAUGAUUCAAUCCAUGGACUUCGUACAAGUUCUAUGCAUUGUUUUGAGGGGCCAGAGUGGCAUUAUUUGAAAAGAGGCAGAGAAUCUUUUGCUAGGGGUCCCUUAGUAAAGGUUGAUCCUCAGGGCCGUUGUGGUGGGGUCCUUGUGUAUGGUUUGCAAAUGAUAAUACUCAAGGCUGCUCAGGCUGGCUAUGGCUUAGUUGGAGAUGAUGAGGCUACUGCUUCUGGUGGUACAGUCUCCGUUCGUAUUGAAUCAUCCUAUGUGAUCGGCCUACGAGACUUGGACAUGAAGCACGUAAAAGAUUUCACAUUUGUACAUGGUUAUAUUGAGCCUGUGAUGGUAAUCCUUCAUGAAAGGGAGCUUACUUGGGCGGGUCGUAUCUCGUGGAAGCAUCACACGUGCAUGAUCUCCGCACUUAGCAUUAGCACGACCUUAAAGCAACACCCUCUCAUAUGGUCUGCUGCUAAUUUCCCACAUGAUGCCUACAAGCUUCUUGCUGUGCCUUCUCCAAUUGGUGGUAUUCUUAUAAUCUGUGCAAAUACUAUUCACUAUCAUAGUCAGUCAGUAUCUUGUGCUCUUGGCCUGAACAAUUUUUCUGUUCCCAGCGAAAGCAGUCAGGAGAUGCCAAGAUCAAAUUUCAGUGUAGAGCUUGAUGCAGCCAAUGCGACAUGGUUAUCGCAUGAUGUUGCCAUGUUCUCAACCAAAACAGGAGAACUACUCUUGCUCACUUUGGUCUAUGAUGGGAGGGUUGUCCAGAGACUUGAGCUUUCAAAGUCUAAAGCUUCAGUUUUGACAUCGGGCAUCACAACCAUUGGCAAUUCAUUCUUUUUCUUGGGUAGUCGUUUGGGAGAUGGUCUUCUUGUGCAAUAUAGUUGUGGAACUACAACAACGCCUUCUGGUCAUGGAAAGGAUGAGGUUGCAGAGAUUGAAGGUGAUGCCCCUUUGGCAAAGCGGUUACGGAGGGCAUCCUCUGAUGGUCUGCAAGAUGUUGUCAGUGGUGAGGAGCUAUCAUUGUACACUUCAGCUCCAAAUAACUCAGACUCAGCACAGAAGACCUUUUCGUUUGCGGUGAGGGAUUCUUUGAUUAAUGUUGGCCCUUUGAAGGACUUCUCUUAUGGCUUAAGAUCCCAUGCUGAUCCAAAUGCAACAGGAAUUGCAAAGCAAAGUAACUAUGAACUGGUGUGCUGUUCUGGGCAUGGAAAGAAUGGUUCUCUUUGUGUGCUCCAACAGUCAGUUCGCCCAGAAUUAAUCACUGAGGUUGAGUUAACUGGCUGCAAAGGAAUUUGGACUGUGUACCACAAGAGCUCGCGUGGUCACAGUGCUGAUCCUUCUAGAACUGUAUCUGAGGAUGAUGAGUACCAUGCAUAUCUGAUUAUAAGCCUGGAGGCUCGAACCAUGGUUCUUGAGACAGCUGAUCUUUUAGGAGAAGUUACAGAAACUGUUGACUAUUAUGUUCAGGGAAGUACUGUUGCUGCAGGGAACUUGUUUGGAAGGCGUCGAGUUGUCCAGGUUUUCGCACGUGGUGCUCGUAUUCUUGACGGUGCUUAUAUGACACAGGAUCUGAGCUUUGGACCUCCUAAUUCUGAAUCAAGUUCAAGUUCUGAGAGCUCAACAGCAUCCUCUGUUUCCAUAGCUGAUCCAUAUGUGUUAGUGAGAAUGAGUGACGGAAGUAUUCAGCUUCUUGUUGGAGACCCUUCCACAUGCACUGUGUCUGUUAGUGUUCCUGCUUCAUUUGAAAGCUCAGUUCAAUCAAUAUCUUCCUGUACACUUUAUCAUGAUAAAGGACCUGAGCCAUGGCUCCGGAAGGCAAGUAGCGAUGCCUGGCUUUCUACUGGCGUUGUUGAGGCAAUCGAUGGGGGUGAUGGAUCAUUGCAUGAUCAGGGUGACAUAUAUUGUGUUGUUUGUUAUGAAAGCGGUACACUUGAAAUUUUGGAGGUGCCUAGUUUUAGAUGUGUUUUCUCUGUUGAAAAGUUUGUGUCAGGAAAGACCCAUCUUGUGGAUACCUACAUUCGGGAACUGUCCAAAGAUACUCAGAAAUUUCAGAUCGAAUCUGAAGAAAUGACCGGCCAAGUUAAGAAAGAACCUACACAGAACAUGAAGGUUGUAGAGUUGGCCAUGCAAAGAUGGUCAGGCCCGUAUAGCUGCCCAUUCCUUUUUGGUAUAUUAACUGAUGGGACAAUGCUCUGCUACCAUGCUUAUUUGUAUGAAGGUCAGGAAAAUAUGCCAAAAGUUGAGGAAAUAUCUGCUCAGAGUUCCAUGGAUCUCAGUAGUACAGGUACCUCUAGACUCAGAAAUUUGAGAUUUGUUCGUGUCUCAUUGGAAGCAUUUACGCAAGAAGAAUCUUCAGCUGUGGUCCCAUGCCAAAGGAUGACCGUUUUCAAGAACGUAGGGGGUUAUCAUGGCCUGUUCCUUUCCGGGUCAAGACCGGCUUGGUUCAUGCUCUGCAGGGAACGGCUACGAGUUCAUCCGCAGCUCUGUGACGGCUCUAUCGUGGCAUUCACCGUUCUCCAUAAUGUAAAUUGCAAUCACGGGCUUAUAUAUGUCACUUCACAGGGUUUCCUGAAAAUUUGCCAUUUACCUUCUGCAUCAAGCUAUGACAACUACUGGCCAGUUCAGAAGAUUCCUUUGAGGGGCACUCCACAUCAAGUCACAUACUUUGCUGAGAAGAAUCUCUAUCCAAUCAUUGUAUCUGUUCCUGUUGCUAAGCCACUGAAUCAAGUUCUUUCAUUUCUGGUUGAUCAAGAAGUAAGCCAUCAGAUGGAGCAUGAUAACCUAAAUUCUGAUGACCUCCAAAGGACCUACACUAUAGAUGAGUUUGAAGUCCGUAUUUUAGAACCAAAAAAAUUUGGUGGCCCCUGGGAAACAAGGGCUACUAUUCCAAUGCAGACUUCUGAAAAUGCACUCACCGUGCGCAUGGUUACACUGUUUAAUACCACAACAAAAGAAAGUGAAACACUUUUGGCCAUCGGGACAGCAUAUGUGCAAGGAGAGGAUGUAGCUGCAAGAGGACGUGUGCUUCUGUUUUCUAUUGGGAAAAAUACUGAUAAUUCUCAAAAUUUUAUUUCAGAGGUUUAUUCAAAGGAAUUGAAGGGAGCUAUCUCUGCUUUAGCUUCCCUUCAAGGUCAUUUGCUGAUAGCUUCUGGCCCUAAAAUAAUCUUACACAAAUGGACGGGUGCUGAGUUGAAUGGUGUGGCAUUUUAUGAUGCUCCUCCGCUUUAUGUUGUGAGCUUGAAUAUUGUCAAGAAUUUUAUCCUGCUGGGUGACAUUCACAAAAGCAUAUACUUCCUCAGUUGGAAAGAACAAGGUGCUCAGUUGAGCUUGCUGGCAAAAGACUUCGGCUCACUUGAUUGUUAUGCCACAGAAUUUUUAAUUGAUGGGUCUACCCUGAGUCUCGUAGUCUCAGACGAUCAGAAGAACAUUCAGAUAUUCUAUUAUGCACCAAAGAUGUUGGAGAGUUGGAAAGGGCAGAAACUUCUAUCUAGAGCUGAGUUUCAUGUGGGUGCCCAUGUGACAAAGUUCUUUCGCUUACAGAUGCUCCCUACUAGCUCUGAUCGAACCAGCUCAGCUCCAGGCUCUGACAAAACCAACCGGUUUGCCCUUUUAUUUGGUACUUUGGAUGGGAGCAUUGGCUGCAUUGCACCUCUUGAUGAGCUCACGUUCCGCCGGCUUCAGACACUACAGAGAAAGCUGGUCGAUGCCGUUCCCCAUGUUUGUGGUCUGAAUCCCAGAACUUUCCGACAGUUCCGCUCAAACGGCAAGGCACAUCGACCUGGCCCUGAUAAUAUGGUAGACUGCGAGCUGCUUUUCCAUUACAAAAUGUUGCCAUUGGAGGAACAGCUGGAAAUUGCUCAUCAAAUUGGGACCACCCGUUCACAAAUCCUGUCCAACUUGAAUGACCUUUCUCUUGGCACAAGCUUCCUGUGACAUUAUUCUGGUUGUUUAUUUUCAUCUUACCAAAAUCGUCAGCAGUAUUUGAUGCAAGUUCAGUAAAAAAUGGCACACUGUGCUGGCCUGUGAAUGAUACCGCUAGCAUCUGACCGCAAAACUAAAUUUGCAUGAUUGCCAUUCAAAUGGUAUCCAUGAAGAUCCCAUUUGCACCUUACGCCAAACUUGCUGCCUGUGAAGAAGCUAGGUACUCGUAGGAGUUGAAGGAACUCAGUCUUUACAGCUGAUUCUGGUCGUUUAAUGGUAUGACAGCUGUCAUGGAAUUUGGUUCCUGAUGACAACAUCUAGCCAAUUCCACCGUGUAUUAACAAGAUACGCUGUGUAUUGGUUUAAGCAGCUCAGCUUGCUGGAGAUGCAUUGCCACUCACAUUCUCAGGGCCAUAGCACUGACUUCCAAGACUGAACUCGAGAAAUUUCAUGGUUCUGCUUGUAAGUUGUAAUUGACUGGAAACAAACAGUAUCUAUUUGGCCCUUCUCUUAUAUUUCCUACUUUGGUUUCUGUACUGCUUGCAGAAGUCAUCAAUAACAGUAGCCUACAGUUGAUGAAGUUGCUGAAGAAGCAUUAUUACAUUAAGUACUGACUGCUGUAUUGACUAUCUGCAGCACAUCAAUUCACUAAACAUUCUGCAA